AUGCAGACCCCUCGACUUCCUUGUUCCCUGGAAACGCUUGCUCGGAGUCUCUAUGGUGGCAAUACAGACGACCUGCUGUCAUGUCCCCUGGCAGAGAUUGAAGACACGGGCGACCGAGGCUAUGCCUUGAGAUUGUCGUGCACUCCGCUCUUGAACGACGUGCACGACCACACGAGACACUUUAAUAAGCUUGAUCAAGAUCUUUCGCUUCUUCUACCACGUCGCCGUAGCGCUUUUGACGGGCUGCCGGUAACGGGCGAAGCUCUCAUUCAGAAGUUAUGUUCCAAGGUAAAGAGUUUACUGUCGAGACUGCCUGAAGUUCCUCAACGUAGCUUCUACCUGCCUCUCAACAGCGGAUCCGCGCGGAAAGGAGGCUCAACACUUUGGGAUGGCAUCAAGGACGGUAGCUGGGCCGCAAAAUACAUCCUGCCUGAGGCGCGUUCGCAACUGCAAGAACAACCAGGAGAGGAUGCCGCUGCGAUGCUUGAUCUGAUGAAUCGAAUGCGCGACCUCGCAUGGGACAACCUAUAUGUCACGAGAUAUUUCGACACAAAUUCCUUGACUCUGGCGGUUGUCCUCGCUGGACAAGGCACCAAGCCGGAUCUCGGCCUCGCACAAAGGUCCUUGAAUUACGUGAAUCUACUCUCGGAGUUGUUCGACGAGUACGAGACCAUGAGUAAUGCUGUGUCCAUGGGCAUCGAAGCUCCCUUCGAAGAUAUGUCGGACCAAGGUCGAGCCUUGAAGGACGCAUUAUUUACCCAGGAGCAUGACGACCAUGUACAGGCCAUGGCAAUCAUCAAGGUCUUCCUCUGGUCGGCUUGGCAGCGCUCACUGAUGCUCCACUUCUACUACGUGAUUGGAGUCCAGCUAGCUCAUGGCUAUUCUUCUACCUGGAACGCCCUACUGGCGGUGCGCGGUGUCUUUGAGUUAAACUCCCUCUCCAGGGGGGAUUCCCGGGAGAAUUGCACCGAGUAUAUGUGCAAUUGGGCUUUCGGGCUGUUGAAGACUAGUCGAACAUCUGUUGGACUCGACUUCCGUCGCAUGAUCUCAAGGUUUGACGCUCAUUUCCACGGCCGGUCUGCAAGGUGCAUCCAUGGUUCAGAGGACGCGUGUGAAGGCGGUCGUCCAGAGACGUGUCAGCGGUUCACGGCUGCAGAAACCGCAGCCCAGUCGACCCACGUAUUAAGCUGCAAUAAGGACUGUGUCAAGAUUGUCUGGAGCGCUUCAUCCUACCAUGGUUGCUUGAAGCCGGCUGCAAUUGUCGCCACCGAAGAGUCGCCGCAUCUGGAGUACUCGCCUGUCUCUUCCAAGACGCUUGCCAUCUCCCACGUCUGGAGCCACGGGCAAGGCGGUCGGCCAGAAUCUGGGAUCAAUGCCUGUCUUCAUCGGCGAUAUUGCCGCCUGGCCAAUGAAUUCGGAUGUGACACAUACUGGAUUGAUGCUGCCGCUAUCCCGAGUGAAACGAACCUUCGGCGACAGGCUAUUAACAGCAUAAGCCGCAUUUUCGCGACUGCAAAAGUGACAGUAGUGGUUGACAUGGACGUUCAAUCCAUUGAUGUGGAUCUCCCAGAACCCAACAUUGACCAAAUUGAGACGCUUGUAUCGACUUUGCUGGUGAGUGACUGGACUGUCCGUGGCUGGACAUUGUUGGAAGGGAUCCGUGCCAGUCGUGCCAUUUUCCUCCUCUGCGGGAACGAUCGCGUCGUCAAUCUCCGUCAAGCUCUGUUGACUCUACACGAACGAGGGGCUGUUGACAUUGCAGCUCUUCUGGGCAGCACGCAGCAUUUAAUUCCGCAUGCAGAUCCCUUGACUAGCAAAAGCGUGGAAGAGGCAGGUUUCCUUCUCAGCCAGCGGCACACUUCGUGGCCCGAGGAUGUCAUCAUUUGCUGGAGCUUGCUCAUCAACAUGCCGGUGAAAACCAACGCUGCGGACCUUUGGAGACAGCAGGUCCGAGUCAGGAGUGCGUUUCUGCUUUCGAGCGCACUUCGUGUUAGCGGAAUCGAUGGCUUGGGAUGGGCACCCGAAUCCCCAUAUAUUCGUCCUGUCCACCGUGUCGUCAAUCUACCCGAUGGCAGGAAACAGGAAUAUACGGUAUGCUUUCCCUGCUACGAUGGUGGCGGCAGUCUGUUCGCGCAGAUCACUGAUCAUGGGCUCCGUGGCCGGUGGCGCGUCAUCAAGGUCGAUAGCUCGUUCGUGGAGAACGUCCAAGGAAUGUGCUGCCACUUGACACACUACGAGGACGAAGAGGUGGCCUUCGACGAGUCCGAGCCAGUCUAUGCUUAUCCGGACGAAGCCCUUGCCUGUCAUACCAUGGAGGCGUUACUGAGCAAGGGGGCCGAGGUGAGGCUCGUCCGAGCACUAGAUGAAGAUGGCGUGUCCCCCUACGUUGGCAGCAGUCAGCGAGGUGAAGACUUCGGCUCAGUUGCAGCUAUCUGUGCUAGCUCCGACAACGGAUCAUUGUGGGAAUGGAAAGGAGUCUACGCCUGGCAAGAGAGUGAAAAUUAUCAGGGCUGGGAAGUCGAUGAGAUGCUCAUUGUUUGA